AUGCAGAGAUCACUAGAUUCGGCUACUUUAGCCCAGUGGACCCAGGAGUUGAGGACGGAUCCCACUUACCAACUUUCCUCCACCGUAUUGAAAAACGGUAAUGCAGAUGACUUGCUGCUUGAUAAGCUUCGUCUACUCCAAAUAGAUCAACCUGUUUAUAACAUUACUGUGACAGACUUAGAUAAAGUGGCACCCAUUACUAACCAGAAGGCUUCUGGGAGAUGCUGGCUAUUCGCUGCUACUAAUGAGUUACGUAUUAAUAUUGCGAAGCGUUUGAAUUUGAAAGAGUUCGAAUUGUCUCAAGGCUACCUUUUCUUCUAUGAUAAGCUUGAAAAGGCUAAUUAUUUCCUAGAUCAGAUAAUUGAUACAUGUGAUGAGGAUGAGGAUUCAAGACUUGUUCAGUAUUUAUUGAGUGCUCCCGUACAGGAUGGGGGUCAAUAUUCCAUGUUUUUCAACUUGGUAAGAAAAUAUGGGUUGGUUCCCAAGGCUAUCUAUGAUGAUAGAAACUACUCUAUAACUGCAUCAAGGAAAUUGAAUGGCCUUUUAACUACCAAAUUGAGGGAAUUUGCUGAAGUGCUAAGAGAUGCCAUUGCACAGAAGAAGGAUGUGGCUCCCCUAAGAAAUUCUAUGCAAAAAGAAAUUUAUAAAUUAUUGUCCAUGUUCUUAAAUAUCCCAUCAGUGCAACCCAAUGAAACCUUUAAAUGGUCUUACACUGAUAAGGAUAAGAAAGUACAAACUUUGGAAUGUACUCCUUUGGAAUUUGCCUCAAAGCAAGCUGGUUUAAAUUUACAAGAUUCUUUGAAGACUCCUGUAUCCUUAAUUAACGAUCCAAGACAUGAGUAUGGGAGAUUAAUUAAAAUUGAUCGUCUAGGAAAUGUCAUUGAUGGUGAUGACGUUUUAUACUUGAAUGUGGAUAAUGAAACAUUAUCUAAACUGGUCGUCAAGAGAUUACAGAAUGACAAAGCAGUGUUUUUUGGUUCUCACACUCCUAAAUAUAUGAAUAAAGAACACGGAAUAAUGGAUAUACAAUUAUGGAAUUAUGAAGCUAUUGAUUAUAAUUUGAAUCAAUCUAAAUCUUCAAGAAUUAAAUACCAUGAAAGUAUGAUGACCCAUGCUAUGUUAAUUAGAGCUUGUAACGUGGAGGAAGGUGAACAGUUACCUUCCCGUUAUUGUGUUGAGAAUUCUUGGGGGAAAGAUUCAGGAAGAGAUGGGCUUUACUUAAUGACACAAGAGUAUUUCGAAGAAUAUUGCUUCCAAAUUGUCGUAGACUUAGAUGAAUUACCAAAGGAUUUAGCUGAAAAGUUCACAUCAAAAGAGGAGAAACCAAUUGUUUUACCAAUAUGGGAUCCGAUGGGUGCUCUCGCAGAUUAA